CGCUCCUACAUCCCGACCUUCGCCUUCGGCAUCCUGCUGGACCCCAAGAAGGUCAUGUCCACCUAUGUGAGUGGCAGCAUCCUGACGGAUCGCCACGGCGUGCCGCAAUACAGCGGCGAGGCCGAGCUCUUCGAGGAGUACGAGGAGCGGGCCUGGGACCUUUUCCAUGGCAGAGAAGGCCAAGAGUCCCUACAGAUCUCAACGCCUGUCCACCUCCGGGCUGGCCUGACUGGAGCUGCUUACGAAUCAGUUCGUAAGCUGGAACAUGGAAAGCUCAAGACCAAGACCUCCGAGGGCAAGCCAACCGCGGAGGGAAUGAAACUGCUGCUCAAGACUCUGAAGGACUCCAUCGCGGCAGAGCUCCCAGUCGAGACGAUGCAACAAUACAUCAUCCGCCGUGAGCAGGACUUCAAGAGGUUGGAAGAGAACAACACCGGAACACAGGUGUCAGAGCAGAUCAGGGCUAUGAUGCUUCUUUGCUUUGGCGGCCUGGAUCCAAAGGAGCAAACUUCAGUUCUCAGCUCCUGCAACAACGAGUACGACUUCGCCAAGAUCUCCCAUGCGAUGAGGAUCCAGUUUCCCAAUGCCGCCGGGAAGCAGGUCAUGCGCCGUGACUACCUAGGUGCUCGCUCUACUGGUGGUGGUCAUCUCCCUCAGCACCUGAUGAAGCUCCGAUGGAAGCAACGCCUCGAAGGUAAGUCCAGGCAGAUCCUGGCUGUUGAGGACGAGCCCGACUAUGAGCAAGGAGAUGAUGAUGCCUACUACGAGGAUGAGGGCGACUAUGUUGGUGAAGGGGAUAGUGAUGAAGCCUACCAUCAAGGAUCCCCAAGUCGCCGACACCGAUUCAACAAGAAGAAGAAGUUUGGCACUUCAUCGAGAUCUACCACUCCAUCGAGCUCUACUACAGGUGCAUCCCACCCGGUCGGAUUCACGGCCAAAGGGGAGAUGAGUUUUUCCGAGAAGGCUCGUGACCAGCGGCGGACUGCCGUGAAGUUCUUGAAGUCGGUGACGCCCUGCACUGUUUGUCACCAGAAAGGGCACUGGGCUGGUGAUCCAGAAUGUCCGUCUUCUCGCAAGGGCAAGGGAAAGGGCAAGAAAGGUGGCUCUCCGAAGAAGAAACCUCACAAGAUUGCCACCACCUUGUUUGUGCAUCACAGCCCGAAGGACGAAGACUCCUUCCUUGCCGAGCAGUCCACCCCUGACUCUCCGGACGGUGGCCCAGAGCGCUACAUGACUGAGGACAUCUACUCGCCUGAGUACCUCAAGGUCCCUGAAGCCUCCGAAGCUCCGGAAGAGAUUGAGCCUCUCCAGAAUUCGUACGACCCUGCUGGCAUCUAUGGCACUACCCUGGACUCCGACUCUGAAGUGUCCUAUGGCAUGUUCAUGCUUGCGCACUACACCCUCCAGAGUGCCAAGGCCACUGCGGAGCCCGAUGUGAAGAUCACCGAUGCCAGUCGGCAGGUCAAGCGCCGAAAGCGAGUCGCAUUCAGUCAUGUGUGCGACGACUCCACUGAUGAUGCAGAGGCCCUGGUCAUUCUCAACUGCCCCAAGCUCUGCGAGCAUAUGGAGAAAGAGCUUUUGGCCCGUGGUCUCUCCUCAUCGAAGAGGUCAAGAAGCCAGAUCUUCAAGGGCAUCGGUGGAAAGAUUGAGCCCAAGCAUGUGCGUGUCUUCCCCAUGGGCAUCUACAAGGUCCAUGGUGAGAUCCACUCCGCCGAGACACCUGGCAAUACGCCCUUGUUGUUGAGCCGUCCCUUCAUGGAGGAACUGGGCGCAGUGAUCAACUUGGCUGAUCAGACCAUCUCCUUCCUCGCCAUCAAUGUCCACAACAUGCCGAUGUGUAAGACCUCAAAGGGCCACCUGGCAUUGAACCUUUUGGACUUCAACAUGGACAAGCUCGACGAAUUCAUGAGCGAGGCCGAGGAGGAGAAGGAGAAUCAGAAACCCUCCGAGGCGUCUGGAGAACAGCCUCCUGAUCAGUUUGAUCCUGCUCAAGACCCUGAGUACCUCAGUUGGCUGGAAAGCACUGCACCACAUGAGUACACCCACGACUACGGUGGUCUCAAUCCCGAUGAGUUCGAAGACCAUCAGGACAUCCUUGCCAUGAUGAAAAUGGAUGUGCAAGGUUAUGAUGAGUGCCACUUCGUGUGCGAUGAUGAGACGCUCUUCGCCGACAUCGCUUCCAAGGAGUACCGUGUCCGAAAGACCACCAACAAGAAGUGGAAGCGCAUCUGCGGCAUGGAGCAAGCUCUCGAAGGUGAAGACUUCCUUCACCGACGUGUCCUCCAAGGGCAACUCUCAAAGAUCCCACGACAACCUCACUUUGGUCGAUGCUGGAUCAAACAACUCUUUGCCGGACAGAUGGGCUUGACUCUUCUCGCAGCUCUGAUUGGCAUGGCCUGUGGGGCCCCCCUGGACUACAACAUCAGCGGAUGGGACGCAACCACAUCACUUGGCAAGAAGCAGCUGCACCACGACAUGAUGCACGAGGACCGUGAUCCCUCACCCCUGCGGUCCGUGGGGAAACUGGACCGAGUCCGUGCCAAGAGACAUGUGUUUCUGGAGCAACCACUGGGCUCUCAAAGCCUAGAGGAACCCGAGAUGAAGGAUGUCAAGACCAUGGUCGACAAUGACACCCUCUUCUACAUCAUCGUUGAUGGUUGCCAAGUUGGCUAUAAAGAUGCUGAAAGCGGCCUUCCGAACAAGAAGCCAAGCUACUACAUCACCAGCAUGGUCGCUGCCGAGAGCGUUUUCGCUGAUUGUCGUUGCGAUGGCUCCCAUGAACAUGAACAUCUAGAAGGACGCAACACCUAUGGCAGCAAGACAGCUCAAGCUUCUGUCUGGCCUCACCAGCUCAAUGAGAUGGUCCUGACCACCAUCAUGCAGCAGCGAGAGAUUGAGGUCAAUGCGGUGAAGAACACCCAUGAAGCUUUUCCUUCAGAAGCCCGCAGGACCGAAGCACAACGUCGGCAAGAGUGGCUGGAGGUUGAACCAGAUCUCAGAAAGACACUCCGGACUCUCCACGUGAACUUUGGGCACCCUUCAAAUGUGACCCUGAUGAGAAUCCUUCGACGGCAGAAUGCAAAACCAGCUGCCUUGCGAGCCGCCAGCCUCAUGGCUUGCGACACGUGUGGAGAGAGCAUCCGUCGACGCCGGCCAAAGCCGGUCAAACUUCCAGGUUCCUACACCUUCAACAACCACCUCUCCCUGGAUGUCCUCUACUGCCGCGACGCAGCGAACAACCAGUUUUCCUUUCUCAAUGUCAUUGAUGAGGGCACUGGCUUCCAGGUGGUGACUUGCUUGGGUGAAUCACGAGGACCUCCUGCUUCUAAGGCAAUUCUCCGACACUUCCUGACAUCAUGGUCAUCAUGGGCAGGACUGCCUCGCUCCAUCCAAGUUGACCGCGGCCGUGAGUUCUUGGCCCAGUUCGCCGACUACCUCAAGCAAUUUGGUGAAGCGCCCUGGAAACAAGGCAAAGUGGAAAAGGCAGGCGGCCUUUGGAAAGAAGUGAUGAAGAAGGUUGUCACCGAGAGCCAAAUCAUUGGCCUGCAGGACAUCAUCACUGCCACCGCCAUUGUCACUCAGAUCCGGAACUCACAGCCCCGAGCAAAUGGUUUCGCUUCCACACAAUGGGUAAUGCAAUCCUCGGAUUAA